AUGAGUGAUACUAAACAGACGCCUCCUGUCCAGGCUUUGGUCCUCGAUGCACAUCCAUUAAUUACCCAACACUUCUCGACGCUUUCCACUUACGCCUCAUCGUUUUUCACCACCCCUUCGGUGUUUCAAGAAAUCAAAGAUGAGAACGCUAGACGUAAUUUGGAACUUUGGAAAGAGAAAUUGACGCUUAGACACCCUAAACCUGUCAGUAUUAACAGGGUUUCUGAGUUUGCCAAAUUGACUGGGGAUUUGAAUGUUUUAAGUGCCCAAGAUAUCCACAUCAUUGCCCUUGCUUUAGAAUUGGACAUUGAAGAACAUGGCACCGAUGAACAUAUUAGAAAUUUUCCUGGUGAGAAAAAGCAAGCAAAGCAAGAAGAAGAAGAAAAAGAAGUUGAAGACCCAAAAGUCGAAGAAACUCUAAAGACUCCUGCUGAUGAUGAUGCCGAGGUCAAAGUGAAUGAAGAAGUCCCAGCUAAGAAGAAAAAUCGUAGAAGAGGUGGUAAGAAACAAAGAGCCAAGAGAGAAGCUGAAGCUCAAGCUAAAUUAGAAAUGGAAGAAUCAGAAUCUAAGGAGCCACAAGUGACUGAAGAAUUAGAAACCACUGUUGAAGAAAUAGCCGUUACAGACAAUUCAGAAAUUUUGCAACAAGUCGACCAACCAACCGAGCAAAAUGAGAUCAAUGAUGAUGAUGAUGAUGACGACGACGACGACGAUGGAGAAUGGAUCACUGAGUCUAAUCUUCUUGAAACCAUCCAAAAGGAUAGUGGGGAAAGACUUGAAGAAUCAAAGAAUCACCACACCACCACCAAGGUUGCGCUUUCCUCGCAGGAUUUUGCGGUGCAAAACGUCGCGAUCCAAAUGGGUCUUAAGCUCAUGAACACCGCCACCGGGCUCCAGAUCAAACGUAUAAGAAACUAUAUGUUGCGAUGUCAUGCGUGCUUCAGACUCCAGCCGCCAAACGAAUCGAAACAUUUCUGUGCCUCUUGUGGUGGGGCCACAUUGUUGAGAUGUGUGGUGGUGGUCGAUGCCAAAACCGGGGAAAUGAAACCAUUACUUAAAAAGAACUUUGAAUGGCACAACAGAGGUAACCGUUAUUCGAUUGCUUCGCCAUUAUCUAAAAACACCCAAAAGAAGUUGGGGAAAGGAGGGUUCCAAAAUAACAAGAAUUCCAAAUACUACGACGCCCACAACAACGUCCCAAUCUUGCGUGCUGAUCAGAAAGAAUACGGCAAAGCGUUGAAGAAUGAAAAUUGGACCCAGCGUCAAAAUGAAAAGUUCCUUGAAAACUGGAUUGGCGGAGGUAGCGCCGAUAAUUUCUACUCUCCGUUUGCUAAUGGAGACAGUAGCAAUCGAUACCACAGUAAUGUCAAAGUUAACCCAGGAAGACAUGCCAAUUCCUCUAGAAGAAGACGUUGA